AUGAAGAAAGUCAUCGAUCAACACGAUGGCCGCGAUCCUGUGGAUUGUAACAAAAUAAUUCCCCAUCUUGCCACGACGAUCGACGGUGGGCUGACGCCUACCGAAGAAGAGCAGAAGACCUCAUCGUUCACCAAACGAGUGAUCGAGUAUAAGAAACGAACGAAAUAUGGAAAUAAAUCGUUUGUGGUGUCCGAGACGGUCGUUGAACAUCGGUCUAGUCACCGGGUCAUACGGCACACUAACGGGCGCGGAGGGGCAAGUGUCGAAGUGCACAAGUAUGAUCAUGAGCUAUUUGAUUUGAAACCCACACGAAUUACCCCGAUUCCUGUGAUACGCGAAUACAAAAACGGAUCAGAUUAUGAGCUGAACUAUGAUCAAUACCUCCCUGAUGAGGCACCGGUUUCGAAAGCACCGAAACAUCAAUUAAGUCGUGGUUUCAGUUGCUAUAUUAAAGGUCUUUUUGACGGAUUCGAUGGAAAGGACAUUCCUCACAUCAUCCGUCAUAUCCGACGAAGAUAUCCAAAGGGUGGACAAGCUCUUACUAAUUGUUUGCUUUCUGGAAAAAUGGAACGCAUUGUUGAUCAGCGUAUUCGAGACUUUAUCCAUCACUUUUCGAAGAUCAAUCCGGAUACCGGAAGGAUCAUCGGAUCAAUUCGAGGAAACGACUUCUUCCAUUUGGGCGGACUUCACAACAACUUAGGCAACACUGGAAAAAUCUAUCUUGACAAUUUGAUGAGAGGAAAAUGUCGGAGACGUCGAGUGCAUCGUUUCCGAAAAGACGAACCAAUAUUGCCGGCGGAAGAGAAGAAGGCGAUCGUUGAGGAGAAACCAAUUGUCAAGCCGAGUGAACCGAAAAAAAAGAUCCUCGAAGUAGAAGACUACGGGCUGGAUUUUGAAACGGAAAGGGAUCGGUGUCUUCGAGAAAAGAUUUUGUUCGAGGAUCCGGAAUUUCCGGCAACCAACAAGAGCCUGUACUACAGUACUCCACCAAAAGCUCAAAUUGUCUGGAAGCGUCCAGGGGAUAUCGUUUCGAAUCCUCAACUCAUUGUCCAAGGCGAAUCGCGUUUUGAUGUGAAGCAAGGCGCAUUGGGAGAUUGUUGGUUCCUCGCUGCACUCGCCAACAUCACUCUUUAUGAUGCGCUUUUCUAUCGUGUGGUUCCACCGGAUCAGAGUUUCACCGAUAAUUAUGCCGGAAUAUUCCAUUUCCAAUUUUGGCACUAUGGAAGAUGGGUUGACGUUGUUGUCGAUGAUCGCCUUCCAACAGUCAAUGGAAAACUCUACUAUUUGCAUUCCGAAACCAACAACGAAUUCUGGAGUGCUCUGGUCGAAAAGGCUUAUGCAAAGCUUCAUGGAGGUUACGAAAAUCUUGACGGCGGCACGACGGCAGAGGCUUUAGAAGACUUCACGGGAGGCCUCACUGAGUACUUUGAUCUUCGCAAGGUCGACAAGGCAGCAGUUCUUGCUGAACUCGUGAAAGGAAUGGAAAUGGGUUCCCUCUUUGGAUGUUCGAUCGAUGCGGAUUCGACUAUUCGCGAAGCUCAACUUAGCAAUGGAUUAGUGUGCGGUCAUGCCUACAGCAUCACCGCAAUUCACUCGAUCACUUAUUGCGGUGAAAAUAUCACCGUGUUGCGUUUGAGAAAUCCAUGGGGAAAUGACAAAGAAUGGAAUGGGGCGUGGAGUGAUCGGUCGUCGGAAUGGACAAGAAUUGAUGAGCCAACGAAGAAGCUUUUGAGCGUUAGCUUCGCCAAGGAUGGUGAAUUCUGGAUGUCAUUCGAUGAUUUCUUCGCAAACUUCACACAAAUGGAAGUUUGCAAUCUGAGCGCCGAAAUUUUCGACGAAAUCUCCGAAAUGACUGGAGUGAAUGUUAAGGAAAAUCAAACAGAUGAAGUUGCCCUUUGGAAUGAGCACAUGGAGCAUGGAGCAUGGGAUAGUAAGAAGGGAACUGCUGGAGGCUGCCUCAACAAUCAAACAACUUAUCACACGAACCCGCAGUACGCAUCUUACUUCAGCGUGCCACAGAACUCUGUAGAAAAUGAUGGAAACGUGACAGUGAUUGUAGCAGUCCUUCAAAAAUAUAGAAGAGAGUUGAGAUCUCAAGGAAAGGACUUGCUUCCAAUCGGAGUAUCCAUUUACAAGUCGGAUGGUUCUCGCAAGCCGCUUCCGGCUGACUUCUUCCGUCGGAAUCGUCCAGUUGCUCGUUCUUCGGUGUUUGUGAACACCCGAGAAGUCACAGUUCAUUUUCGUGUAACCCCUGGAGAAUAUAUUGUCAUUCCGAGCACGUUUGAUCCAUAUGACGAUGCUGAAUUCCUAUUGAGAAUCUAUUCCAACGGCCCUCUUAAUGCAACGUUUGUUUCAAAUUCGAAAUAA